AUGACAAAAAAGCUACCGGUGGGACAAAAACAAGUACGUAAACCUAUACAGACGGCAUGUGGAUUCUGCCACGAGAAGCAUCUCCAAUGUGACGUUGGAAGGCCCUGUCAGAACUGUCUCAAGAGAAAUAUUGGGUAUCUUUGCCGCGAUAAAGUUAGGAAAUCCAGGAAAAGGUCCUCGACAUGGAAUGCGACUACGGGAAAUACAAAAAUAUUGAAGAAGGAAUCCAGUGACUUACCGAAGGAUGAUCAACCACAAUCCGAUGAUCCAGUUGAUUCUGCCCCAAUGUGUCAAGAAUCAAGCGGAGAAAAUGAGAAGAGCAUUGGCAAUUUGAAGCUCAAGAGCGAUGAUAAGGUAGAGGAAAAAGUUUCAGUUUUGCCAGUUCCAAAAAUGCACAGCUUCACAAAUUUAUUGAGCAAUAAUUCGAAUUCUUUUCUACAUGACCCAUUGAUUCCCAAUAUGCUCAGCAGCAGUAUCGAUAUUAAGCAUUCCAACCCACAAAUUUAUCAUGCUCACAGGUCCUUAGACUUCGAUAGCAUGUGGACGAAUGACGAAUAUAUGAAACUGAAUGAUAUUACGGGGCUGGAUGAUAAAAAAUCUGCGGAGCACCCUGAAGAUCCUUUGUCAACCGAAAAACUGCCGCCUAUCAAAAGAUCCUCCUCGUCACAACUGUUCAAAUAUUUAAAUGUGGACGGUUCGAUACCCAGAACUGAUUCAAGGCCCUACAUAUCCUUGGAUAUGACCAAAAGUGGCAGUAUAAGUCGAUUUGAUAACGGCAAAGGUGAUCAAUCCAGUCACACCGAUUCUAGUGGUCCUUCACCUGAAAACAUACGCAAGGCCGAAUUAACGCCGUAUAAAUUGCGCCAGCUCAUCAAAAACCCCAAGGAUCUAUUCGAAAAGCAGCACCUUAUCACACCGCAUGACUAUCGAACCGCCUACAAAGAUCUUUUGCGGUGCUUGCACCGAAUGUUUCUUGGCAGUUAUGUGCAUUCUACAAUAGAUGACGCCGCACUAACGAACGAUGAGGAAUUUAAUCAUAAAAGGCUGCUGAGGAAAAAUCAACUGAAGCAUAUAGCUCGAUCAAUUGUGGAUAGGUAUGCGCCUAUCUUUGUCACCUUAACCUCAAAUAUGAUUGAAGACGAUUUACUUUUACAGGAAAUAAUCCUGCAAAGAACUCUACUAGAAUUUGAAAGCAUGGCGAAAUUACUCAAUUGUACCCCAAUAUGCAUUUGGAGACGGUCUGGCGAAAUCUGUUUUGUAAGUAACGAGUUUGCUUCUUUGACAGGGUUUUCCAAGAAAGAAGUCUUAAACGAGAGAAGAUUCAUAGCUGAGUUCCUGGACCAUCAAAGUGUGGUCAAUUAUUAUGAUCUAUUUCAUGAAUAUCUGGCAUUCGGAUCUAAUCAAUGCGGUAAGUCAACGACUACCUCCGACGGCCAAGCAAUUUUUGGCAAGUGCAACUUGCUGUUGCAUAGUGGAUCAUUUCUAAAAUGCGCCUGUUGCUGGACUGUGAAGAGAGAUAGUUUUAAUAUAUCUUUACUAGUCAUGGGUCAGUUUUUACCCAUCUUUGAGGUUGACUGA